UGCAGACGGGGGUGGACGUGUUGUUUCUCUUAGCGGUUUAGUCUAAAAGGUUUCCUCGUUCAGUAUGCAGGUCCUGCUCCUGCUCGCUCUGGCCUCUGCUGUCGCCAAAACUGUGCUCUCUGGAAGAGUGAUUCAGUUCCCAUCUUUGGUGCAAGUGCGGUCAGGAGACCCGGUGAGAAUGUCCUGCCGGCUGGACGGAGUGAAGGCCUACUGCUACACUGUGGCCUGGAUGAGGGUCAAUCCUGACACGGGGAUGCUGGUCAUCAAUAAGGACGCUGUCGGACCGCUCUGGAAUAAAAACCACUCACAGGACACAGAGUGUCCAGUGGUUAUUCAGAAUGCAACUGCUGAGGAUUCUGGGACGUAUUACUGUGCCGUGACAGACAGACAGAAAAUCUACAUCGGUAACGGCUCAGUUGUGCUGGUUCAGGCUCACAGCUCAGCAGCACCCUCUGUUGAGGUUCUCCGGUUCUCCAGCAGCUCCAGUUGUGGCUCUGCAGUUCCUGUGCAGUGUGUGGUUAAAGGUGUGGUCCCGUCACAGGUGGAGGUGUACUGGACAAUCGGUGAUAGACGAGAGCGUGGUCAGACGGAGACUGUGAGGGCUAAAGGUGAAGUGUACACCGUGAGCCGGACGCUGCUGAGGUCAGAGGAGUGUGAGAGAGGAGAUGAGUGCGCUUGUGUGGUGGAGCAUGAAGGACAGUCUGUCACCAAAACACUGGAACCAAACGGUCUCCAGGAGAGCUGUUAUGCUGCUGUUGGUCUACACAGAGCUUUAGCGCUCACCACCUCUCUCCUGCUCUUCAUUACUGCUGUCACAGCGGUGUCGACGUGCUCCACCACACAGGAGAACAUCAAGUAGAAACACAUGACAGAAUGUCUAUUCAGAGCUACAGUUCUGUGCAAAAGAUCCAUGUUUUUGUUGAUUUUCUGAGUGUAAAUAAGUUAUACAUCCUCUACAGAGACACACUAAUGCACAG